AUUAAUCAAGAAAAGUCUACCUAAAAAAAAAAAAAUGUGCAGUAUACUCUAUCUCUUUGGCGUUAUCUGUGUGAAGAUGGCCGUGACCCAGUUAUCAGCUUGCCCGGAAUCCUGUUUUUGCAUGGACUCAUUCGUCACCUGUUCGGAUUUUAAUUUCCUGGAUUUAACCCUCCUUCCCCCGAGCACGGAUACGUUGGUCCUGACAAAAGGAGAGGUGGAAGAGAUCCCUCCAGGGUUUCUGGCAACUGCUACAAAUCUCAAGAUACUGGAGCUGAUGGCAGUUAAUGUCAGGAUAGUCAGGGGUAGCGCCUUUAGAG